GCGAGCGGUUGCAGCUGCCGGGAGCCAGACUACAAGUCCCAGGGAGCCGGUCCGGCCAGGGAGGGGCGCUGGGGCGCACACGGGGCGUGCACAGGCAAAGCAAGACCAUUUCCCGGCAAGGGCGCCAGUGCCUCUGCUCUGCUCGUCCGGGAAGUCCGGGUCGGACGAGCGGAAAGCCUUAGAGUCCAGGCCGGCUCCCUGGAGCAAACCCAGUGGCCUGGAUGUCCCUGAUUAUUAUUAUUGUUGUUUAUACUGCGAGCACGAAAUUCUUCCCCAGGGCCUCCUCCCCCGCCCGCCCCACCUGCUCCCUCCUCCUCGUGUUGUAAUAUGCCUUUAUUGAGCCUGCGACCUCAUUACCAAGGGUGCUAGAGUUCGCAUUCAGCCACCAUGGGGAAUGGGAUGAACAAGAUCCUGCCUGGCCUAUACAUUGGCAACUUCAAAGAUGCCAGAGAUGCAGAGCAAUUGAGCAAGAACAAGGUGACACAUAUUCUGUCUGUCCACGAUAGUGCCAGGCCUAUGUUGGAGGGAGUUAAAUACCUGUGCAUUCCAGCAGCGGAUUCGCCAUCUCAAAACCUGACAAGACAUUUCAAAGAAAGUAUUAAAUUCAUUCACGAGUGCCGACUCAGGGGUGAGGGUUGUCUUGUACACUGCCUGGCUGGCGUCUCCAGGAGCGUGACUCUGGUGAUCGCAUACAUCAUGACUGUCACCGACUUUGGCUGGGAGGAUGCCCUGCACACUGUGCGUGCAGGGAGGUCCUGUGCCAACCCCAACCUGGGCUUCCAGAGACAGCUCCAGGAGUUUGAGAAGCAUGAAGUCCACCAGUACCGACAGUGGCUGAAGGAAGAAUAUGGAGAGAGCCCUUUGCGAGAUGCAGAAGAAGCCAAAAACAUUCUGGGUAAAUAUAAAGAGCAAGGGCGUGUGGAGUCCCAGCCUGGUACGAGGCGGUGGAGCAGCUUUCAGACCCUGCCUCCUCUGGCCUACAGCAACUAUACGACAGAGACCUAAUAGAGUGAUCUGGUGCCUGCCUUUCCAUCCCUUGUCUUCAGUGCAUUUCUGCUGGGUGCCCUGGAAUACUGACUGCCCCCAUGGAGGACAGGAGAGGGAGGGUGGCGAAGGUGGAUCCAGGCUUCUUCUCCAUGAACCCACCCCAGGCCCCUUCACUCAGCCAACUUCUGCCCUGCCUGAGCUUGGGGAGUCUGCUUGAUUGCCCCGUACCAACUCAUGUGUGCACCUGUGUGCAGGCAAGUGUGCAUGUGUGCCCAUGAGCGUGAAUGUUCAUAUUGCAGCAACAGUAACAAAAUCCAUGCUGACAGCCUUGGUAUCACCACCCUUCCUUUUUCCAAGACUCCACAUGGAAGUCAUUUGAAGUUAACAUUUUAAAAGCUUCUCAGCCGGAAGCAGCCUGUGGCUGUGAGCAAACAGAAUCCAGGGUGGUCAUGGUGAGAGCAGCAGGAGUCCAGACUCCCUCCUGAGUGUUGUUCCAGGGGCCCUGGAAGACAGAGAAGGGGUGCUCUGAGCAUUGCCUCAAUCUUUCAGUGAAAGUGUCCCAGGCUGUGGCUCCUACCACCUCAAGUCAAGACCCCCUUCUCAGCCCAUCAUAUCCCUGAGUUCUACUUAGUGUUUGUUCUUGGUGGCACUGACUAUAUUUAAGUUCCAUGGGGAGACCAACCACUUCAACACAGGCUGUAUGCCCAGAGCGCCCUUCCUUUCUACUCCUGUCCAGCUUCACUUGCUCUCAACCUCUUGUUCUCUUGCUGUUACCACUCUGCAAGGGCCUCUUUGCAACAUUUGCAUGCAUCUUCAGGAAUUGGGAAGAGCAUUUAUUAGGCACUGUAGCAAGUUUGCAUUUAAAAAUACAUUUUAAAAUGCCUGAGCACUUAUUAAGCACUUUUGUGUAUGCUGUGGAUUUGAUAUUCGACCUCAGCUACCUCAUUAAAUGUUUUUUGAAAAGGUGUUUUCGUUACUGUAAUCAACUCAUCGUUGAAAAUGUUUGGUCAUGAUUGCUUUUGAAGCCAAAGUACAAAAGCAUCAGUAUCAAUGGGCUAUUUAAAAUUUUUGACUGGAGCUCCAAUGAUGCUUUCUAGUGGGUAAAAUUUCACAUUCAGGCCGAGGCCAGCAGGCCUGGAGGACGUCUGCAGUUUGCAGCAUGGGGCAGCAGGAAUCUUGGAAUGCUGCGAGCAAUCUCGUGGUUCAGUCUUUUAUACCACCUCAAAUUGUUUAAACACACAAAGCCACAAGAAUGAAAAAGUAUGCUUGGCCUCUCCCAGAAAAGAUGUUGCAACCCAGUUUCUCCAAAUUCCACCAACAAAAGAGUCCCUGAAUAAGAAGAGCAGUUUUCCUGUGCAUAUAGAAGGUAUGUCACAGGUGAGCUCUUUGGGGACCAGAGAAAACUCUACACACCCACAUAGGCCCCUGAUAUACACUGGGAAAGGGAAGCGUGGCCAUGGACUUUUCCAUCUACAGCUGAAAUAAUUUGUCUAUAAGGUACAUUUUUUUUUUCUUAAACCAAAAGGAAAUGUAAAUAUGUUCACAGAAAUAAUAUUUAGGAUAUCAACUGGAAUCCUUAAAUAUGUGUGUACAUUUAUGAACAUCUAAAUGUAUUCUUAUAGGUCUUAAAAUGUUGCUUUAAUAUUUGUUGCCAGUAAUAUUCUUUCUCCACAGCCACUCCAGGAAUUCUGAAGUAUUGGGCCUUUCUCAGAAGACUGUAAUGUACCUGAAGUUUCUGAAAUAUUGCAAAGCCACAGAGCUUAAGGCUGGUGCUGCCAAAAAGAAAAGCAACCUAGGGGCGCCUGGGUGGCUCAGUCGGUUAAGCGGCCGACUUCGGCUCAGGUCAUGAUCUCACGGUCCGUGAGUUCGAGCCCCGCGUCGGGCUCUGUGCUGACGGCUCAGAGCCUGGAGCCUGUUUCAGAUUCUGUGUCUCCCUCUCUCUGACCCUCCCCUGUUCAUGCUCUGUCUCUCCCUGUCUCAAAAAAUGUUAAAAAAAAAAAAAAAUUAAAAAAAAAAAAAAGAAAAGCAACCUAGAGUUUAUUUUUAAGUAUCCAGAAGUGAUUUGUAAACUUGGUUUUCAUUUUAAAUUGACUACAUGUACGAUGGUGGUGAUAUAUGUUGAGAACUAAGGGUACUCUUUUAGCAAGAGAAAAUAUUUUUACCUUAAUUCCACUGCUGCAUCAAUUUCUUUAACCUUAACUUUGAUGUUUAAGCAAUUUUUUUAAAUGUUUAUUUAUUUUUGAGAGAGGUGGAGAGAGUGGGUUAAGGGCAGAGAGAGAGGGAGACGCAGAAUCCGAAGCAGGCUCCAGGCUCCAGGCUCCGAGCUGUCAGCACAGAGACUGAUGCGGGGCUCAAACUCAUGAGCUGUGAGAUCAUGACCUGAGCAAAGUUGGACAAUCAACCGACUGAGCCACCCAGGUGCCCCAUGUUUAAGCAAUCUGAAGAGCCCUGCUGCACUGCUUUGGUUACUAUUUAGUAAUCAUGAUUGUUUCUCAUGAGAAUUACGCUGUGUAAACUCUGCCUGUAUGUUCUUCAAUUCCCCAGCUUGGGACAUAUCUCUUGGUGUGUGUUUCACCCAUGGUUUGCGUUCUCCAUGGUGGAAUUUACCAAGAGCUACACAUUUUUGUUAAUGAAGGGCAACCUAGCAUUUAACUUCAUGGGCAAUGCAUUCUUCCUGAGGUGAGGGGUGGACACUGUAUGUGUUUCUGCCUAUGAGGGUCAUGAUACAGGAUUGGAGCCUGCUCUCAUAGCAGUAAUGCUGGUUUAAUUGCAGAGGCAAUGAAAAGUAAAUUAAUUUCACCAUGAGAGAAAAAUUGAUCUUCAAUGUAGAAAGAAAUUCAUAAAUUGGACUUAUAGUUUGUUUGCACACGUGUGAAAACUGAAUAUUUGGCACCCCUGGAAUUAUUGCACUUAUCUUAGGGGUGUGCAGCCCAGGUACUCCAUGAUCAUUUGCUGCACAUUGUUGAAUGCAUUUUAUUCUGAUUCCAUAUUCAGCUUUUAAUUUGAAGAAACACACACUGGCCUAAAGAGCAAUUUAAGUCAAUUUCCUAAAUUUUCCAUUUCUAAAUCCGGGGGAGAAGGAAGGAAAUUUGACUUUUUAGUCUAAGGAUAGGGUUGGCUUGAACUAAGGGCAGGUGAACACAGGAGCUAAUGUACCUGGACCCUUUAACUGUAGGUGGCAGGCUUGACCUGUGUUCUAAGUUUCUGCUUCAACCAGGGAGGGGCUCAGGGAAGGGGCUGGGAGCUGUGUGUUGGGAUGAAGAGGACCCUCUGUACUGGCAACAGCCCCUGAUGGGUGUGAGAUGAUACACACUGAUCAGUUUGGGUCAUUAAAAUGCUUAUUCUGACUCAGCAGGCCUGCCUGAAUGUAGUACGGGUAAUCUAGUUGUAGGAACCUUUGAGUACUCCCAUGUGUCAUACUUAAAAGCCCCAAGAUGUUUCCACUUCCCACUUGUGAGGAUAUGCCAGAGCCUUGUCUCUGGAAAACUCAGGGGAAAUGGCCAAGGCUGAACACAGAGCCUUAGGAAGACCUCUGUUCUGUGUGUAGGACAUGAGGUGGCAGAAUUAGGAAAACAGGUUUGCUGGCAAUGGCCCCAGUCCAGUAGGGUCACCCACCCCUUGCAGCCUGACAUCCUUUCCUGUCCACUUCUUCUUGCUAUAGGACGAGAUCUGGCACCAACAAUAAUCAUCUAAUAAUUGGUGUUCUGUGGAUUACAAACUAUCACUGCAAAGCUUUAUAAACCCGCAGACAGGGUUAUUCAUUUGAGUCUCAAAAAGGCUAAGAAAUACACUGGAAAGUGAAAAUGUUAGUGCUUCUUUGCCUGAAUCUGGAUCUUUUGAUCCCAAAUCAGUGGGUAAAGUGAGAGGGAGGGGCUGAGCCACCUCUGGGCUUUGCACUUAGAAGUUUGUGAGCCUCUAAUGAGGGCUAAGGGAGAACAAGCACCCCUGUAGCAAAGCUGUAUGGCUUUUGAAGCCAGAACCUCUUAUUUGCUUCUCCCCUUUUUUCCCUAGGGAGUUUGUUUUGAUCCCCAUUAAUGGUGUUGACAGGAAAAUUGACAAUUACAGAGUAAGUCCUAAGGACUAGUAUAGGUGAUCCCAAAAUGUGUGGGAAAGGGAAAGAGAAACACCAUUCCAGUUUUGGGGUGAGUUAGGCAGUGUUCAGGGAAGGCAUCUUGGAAAAAGUGAUACUUAAUUUGAGACUUGAAGCUUAAGUGCUAGAAUUAGCUGGGCAUAGUGGGAGGAAAGGGAGUCCAGGCCCAGGCUCAGCAUGCAUGUUAAGUUGGUGGCAUGAGGGAACACAGUGCACUGGGGUGACCCCAAGUCAUUGCGUAAACUAAAGCAAGAACCAAGGGGUGGGCAUUGGUGGUAAGUGGUACAGACAAAGCUGCACACACAAGCAAAGACUCAGCUGGCCAAGGUGAUACCAUUGCUUAGUGUCUGUUGUAUAAUAACUGGUUUACUUCUUAUACCAGCCCUUGGAGCUGAUCAAGCUCAGAGGUCAGGUGCCCUGCCAGCUUUCCACAGGCUGAUUCUUGAGCUUGGAACCUCAUGAGCAGCAUGAGUACCAUUAUGCAGAUAUAAUGGAUAUAAUGGGUGGGGGCUCAUUGAAUGUGCUGGAGCAAGCAGGAACCAUGGUUGGUGUGUAGGUGGAGAAUUAAGGGUGGGGGGUGGCAGUCAGGGGGCAGCUGUUAUGUCAUCCAGGUGAUUGAAACUAGUGCCCUGAACAGGGUCAUGUUGAUAGAGAUGAAAAGGGACAAAGGAAGCAAAUAGAUUUGGGAUUGAGGGAGGUUGGGGAGGGAGAAGCAAAUUCUCUUAGUAUUGGGAUGAACAUGGGGGACUAUGGGUUUUGUGGCCUUGCCACUCUGGAAUCUUCCAACACAAUGGUUCUUUGUACCAGUAUCCUCCUUCCCCAUGAUGAUUGUUUGUAGGCUCUGAAAUGUCAAGGUUAGAUUUAAGGGGGCUGCCAGACCUAGGACCUCCAAAGGCAGUCAUCCCAGCUUUGCAGAUUAGGGCCUCAAGUUUAUCCGCGUACACAGGACAGACUCCCUGGAAUAGACUCAUGACAAUUAAUGUGGAAUUCAAAUGUCCAGUUUCAUAAUUUAUCAUGAAAAAUAAAAGAAAGUAGCUUUAUGAAAACCAAUUUUAUUCACUAGACUAUCUUUCAUUAUCAGAUUUGUGGGGGAAGCCAAAUUAGUCAUUAGGCAUUGUCUUGUAAGAUGGACAUGGAGCUAAGAGCCUUAGUGGUGUGCAGGGAGUAAUCCUGAUCCGGCAUUCCCCCAUGAUUGGAGUGCUUUUCCCAUAACAUGCUUGAGUGGUGUUUCUGCCAGGCUCCUGCUUUGCUUCCUGAAGUCACUUUUCCAGGGUCUAGCAGACUACCCAGUUUAUAUACUUUUUUUUUUUCCCCAAGGUGAUCUUUGGUUUAAAUCAUGUUUUUUAGAGCACCUUCAUUAACCUUGGGUAUUCUCGUGUGUCUUCAAAAGCAUUUAUGCUUUUCUGUGAAGAUGAGUUCCCACUAGUGGCUUUUUUUAUUUAUUAGGUGCUUGUUCUUUCUAGUUUCUGUCUCAGCAGGGAACCCCAUUUACAACUUCUGGGGCUUCUUUGUGUUACUCAUGCACAGAGACAGCCUAUAAAUUCUGGUGAUUUGUGUGCAUAUGUGUGUGCACAUACACCUGUGUUUUUUUGGUUCUUAGUUUUUAGAGAAAUCUUUAACUUUCAGGAGAGUCAUGCGUACAACAACAAAGGUACCUUGAACUCGGGUAACCUAGAUGGCAGGUACCUGGAACACCCAGGGAAAUGUCAGAGCUCAUGUUGCACAACUAGAGCUCGUCACGAAGGGCUGCUCUUUACACCAGUAUCUAGUCAUAAAAAUAGGGAACACACUAAAAUUCAAAACCCUGUGAUCCCACACUAGAUGACUCCUCCCAUCCUGGCCCUAAGUUAUUAAUAAUUUUAUUAAGAAUGUGCUUUCAACACACUUAUAUUUAUAUAUGUACUUAACAAGAAAUCACCAAGACUUCAGAGGGAAGUUCCUCUUCCCUUUCCUUUUUAUUGCCCAGAGAAAGGGAGAAACUGAGAAGCAAAAAAAAAAAAAGAAAAAAAAAAAAAGCUGCCUUUGAUUUGUAACUGAAGGCUUGAGCAUGUCAGUCAUUACCUUAGGAUUUAGUAGGGUCUCCUUAAACCUUGGGCUCAUCAAGACUGUCAUGGACUUGGAUUCGUAUAACACAAUGGCCACAUUUCAUCAUGCAGAGAGAUCUUGACACUUUGCUCUUAGUUUCCUACCCCUGCUAUAGAUCUUGAGACCUGUCACUGCAAUAACAGUACAUAAUUAGUUCAGCCAGUACCAAAAUUAGUAAUCAAAAUUAGUAUCUAUUUUGCAGCUUAGGCUUAACCACCUAAUAAGCAUCUGACUAAAGGUUACAAGUGCUGUGUCUGUGUCUCUUUCCAUCUGGGGAAAGAAUUGCCAGUACGUUUUUGAACAUCUGCAAGUUUGGGUUUAUUUUGACUCUGGAUAUCUUAUGCAAACUGUUGAUCAAGAGUUAGUAAUUUGCAGUUAAUUUUCCUGAAGCUUCUAGUUCAGUUAUUAGAGUCUGGUGUCAAAAGAGCUAUUUUAGCAGGUGACUGAAAUUACUAGGCAGUUCAACAUUCUGAGUGUGGCGUUCACUGUUUAUUUAGAAGUAGGGUUAAGAGAUGUUUUAGAUAGGAUUAUACCUGAUCACAGCCUUUGCACAAAGGCCUAUUUAAGAAAACUAGAGAGAGGGGGAAAAAUAAAACUGAUUUUUACAGGGUUAACAAUUCCUUCUAGGAAUAAUGUCACUUGCAACAAUUUUGGGAAACAACACUGAUCAUGCCAUUUCACCAUUUGUCCAACUUGACCCAAGGAGGCCCCAUUACAGGGGCCUUUCCACUCAGCUGCUCAGUCCUCCAGGGCCCACAUCAGUGACAAGUGAAAAUAUAAAUAAGAAGUUGCCAUCGACAUUAUGUUGGCCUCUCUCUCCCCUCAGAGUCCAUUUAUCAUCAAGUGUUUUGCCCUCAGUUUCUUGUGCUCUUCCCAGAAGUGGCCAAAUCAGCACAAACAGGAACCAUACUUUCUAGUGAGCAGGUUUGCCUUUUGUUGGUUGGCUGUGGGAUUCCCCAAGGCACUGAUAUGGAGCCUUUUGGGAAAAUAAAAAUCAAAAGGCCUCUACAUUGUGCACUAAAGAAAUGUCACCUUCUGCUUUGCAAAGGGUGUGCCCUUCAAGGCAAGAGACCCAAGUGGCACUGAGCUUCCUCAGAAUGGGAGUCCCUAGAGAAACUUGUCAUGUGCCAGGAGUCAAAUGUUUGGAUGCUCCUUGGUUUGUAUUAAGCCACACUGAUGUGGUGACAGACAGAAAGUCAAGAAGGUGUGAGAGGAGAGGACCAUUUCUUGACUGUUUGCAGAGGCCUUCACGGAUCUCCCAAAAUCAGAUGCAUCCCAGAGGUGUAUUGCAGGCGUGGGCUAAAACCCACAUUUCAUGCCUUGAUAUUCACUGCCCCACAGCACACAGCCCUGUUCUCUGCUUUGCCAGAGCUCCUUCCUAUCAUCUUCCACCUUCCAGGAGGAGGAAGGCACAGGUCCUCAUUAAGCAGGUUGGGGGAUAGAGGUGGUACUUAGUAAAUGAGAGGCCAGGGCCCUGGACUGGUGACCAGGAAGCCAAGAUAGUCACAUGUCAGGCAGGCCUGACUCAGGUCCAGUUUCAUCCUGGUUCUCUGGAAUACCUUGGGGAAGUCCCAGAGGAGGCAGCCCACUCAUGUGGGGAACUUCUUCUAAGACAGGAGUGAAAGAAGCUCCCUAGGAGGGAUGAGCAGUGCUAGAGGGUACCCUGUGUCAUGGCACAGUGAUGUGGCCAGAGGCAGCCUCACAGCCUUCCUGGGUGGCAUUUUAUGUGUCUAUAAAGGCCCUUCUAAUCCUGAGGAGCUCACAUCUGGAUAACAAGACAAUCAAUCUUGUGAUAGUCAACAAUUAUUGAGUACAUAAUGUGGGAGAGAAGCUGGCAUUGAGAUUUUUCCUUGAAAUCACUUCUGGCAACAAUCCUGUUGGAUAGAUUUUACUAUUAUCACCAUUUUUCAGAUGAAGAAACCAAGUUCUAGAGAACUUGAGCAUUUCCCAGUCUCAGGGCCAGAAAGUGGCCAAGUGAGAAUUAGAAUCCAAGCAAUCUGACUGAGGUGUGCAUAAAUGUCAUCACUCCUUUCAAAAUGCCACUACCUCUCAGAGGCUAAGCUAAUGAAAUACUAACAGUCAUGUGCUUUCAUGUUCAAGUUUUUUUCUGAAGGUGGGUUUACAUUAGAUCACAGGAAUAGUGGGGAGAUUAAGGUGGAAUAUAGGUAGAUCUAUGUAAGUAGGCACAUGAGAAAGACUUUUUUUUUUCUUUUCAUCAAAGCCUGCCCAUUGUGCAUACACUAUGGCUACCACACAUACUUCUGACUGGGCAUUUCUGACUUAGCCUAGAGUAGCAGGCAGAGUACGGAGGUGUCCUGGGGCUCCAGGAAGUGCUUUGCAAGAAUACAGAAUGGCCCAUGUUUGUAUGGGAAGGGGGACGGGGCUAGUGCCUGGUACUUUAAGCAGAUGGUAUUUUGUACUUGAUGUACCCUCAUUACAUAAAUGGAGGAACUUCUGUGAGGGUUUUGCAAGAAGCUUAGGGAUUUGCUGUCAUUCAAGUCAAAUAACUCAAAUGAAGACACUCAUUGAGGACAGAGACAUGGGAAGCAACAGUGGAUGUCAAAGCAACCAGAGACUGACAGGACCUCCUUCCAACCCCUGGGGCUGAGGGCCAGGGCUGGGAGAUAGAGUUACUAUAGCCAAGUAAGAAGUGGGCCGUGCAGGGCUGCCCAGAAGGACCUGGGCAAGGAAGGUCUUUAAGAAGUAUGGGAGGUUGGGAGGGAGCAGAGUAGAAAUUUCCCAUCUGAUUUCCUCCUGUCCUAUCUCCCUGAACCUAAUGGGAAGCUGGCCAGCAGAGGAUUCUGAAUGCUGUGAUCUUGGGGGACGGAACAGGAUGAUUGCCAUACAACAGGCAGACCUGGAACUCAGCCUUGGGUAGGGCGGAGAUUCAGCGAUAGGAUGGAGGAAGUGCCACAAGCUUCCAAGAAGCAUCUGAGUGUCAGCAAGCUGAUACUAAAAGUGGGUCUGAGUGGGGAGUCUGGUUCUCCUACACACUUUGUCCUGAAGUGUGCUAUGUGGAGCUUGGCCUGUGACUCACUGCUUUCAUCUGUAGAGAGCAUUUAGAAUCAUCCAUGCCUGCCAAUGUGCCCUCACUGAUCUGUGCUUUCCUAUGGCUGGUGAAAUGGCAUCCCCUGAGAGAAGACCACCAGGGUCAGGUGGCAUCUGAGCAUCUGCUACAAACUUUGCCCUUGUGGGAGUCCCCCCUCCCCUGGACCACAGCCCAUGAAGAGCAGGGGAGGAUAUUCUGCAGUGCCUCAAUCAUGCUACAGUGCCCACAGCUCACCGGGAGAACCACUUCAUGAGAUGUUUAUAGAGCUAGCACCGUUCAGACUGCCAUGAGGGAAAGGAAAAUGAGGCAGGGCAGCCUUGUCUUCAGAUUUUGAGUUGGGGAUAGAAGAGAGUCACUCCCAAAUGUUCUGUGAACAAAUGCUGAGCAUAGAAGCAUGAAUGCAGGCCAAGUGGACCACGGAUGCUUCACGGAGAGUGUCCUGCUAGGAAAACUUGGAAGAAGAAUCAAGUGCAUCCAGGGAAGAGGGUGAUAUGCAGGUAAAGGCACAGGCAAGAGUGAACAUGGUGUACUUGGAAGUCCAAGACCUUAGAGAAGGUGAUUGUGAGGGAGGUGAGGGAUGGAAAGUAGAGUGCUUAAUCCCGUCCUGUCGUAUAAACUGUAGGCAGCCGUGGGAGGGCCUUGGAUUGAUUUGGGUCCACCAGGAUGGGCUAGAGUCAGGAAGUUUGAGCAGUUAGGAGACAGACAGGCUCACUGGAUGCCCCAUGGGACCUCUCCAAUGACAAAUCUACCAAGUGAGGCAACAUAUAUAGUUACCACCUUGAAGCAAUUAUAGGCAGUGCUGGUUUGCUUUCUCCAGAAGCAGAAACAGAGUUAGGGGUACAAAGGAUUAUUGGCAGAUAGCAUCUGUGACAGGAGGGCAGUGGGGCUGUCAGGAAGACAGUCCCACCUCCCCAUCAGAGGAGCCUAGGGGCAGGCAUGGCUGGUUGCCUCAGAAGAAUGGCCUGUGCUGCCAGAGAAGGCACCCCUGAGAGGCCAGAGCUCAGGGAUACUUACCAUUCUCACACAGUAGGACAGCCUGAUGCUCUCCAGGGACACCUGGUACCAAAGUGCAGCCUUGCAGAGAUUUGUCUCCACAGUGUCUCAUACAGCAGGACUUCCCAAAAUGCUUUGCCCAAACUCCAGUGCUGGAUUCUUCAAUGUGGCUUGGUCAUUUGGGUGCCUCUGGCAACUGAAAGUCCUCUCCCCUCUUCUCUCCUUCUCCCCUUGUCCCCCCUCUGUCCUCCUGCCCCUUCUCCCUCCUCACUCCUUCCUCCUCCUUCACUCCCACUCCUCCCCUCUUCCCCCCAGUUCUCAGAUUAGAACUGGGUGUAGAGAAGGUUGAAAGCAAUACCAGGGUUUAGCGGAUUCCAACCAUUCUCCUCACAAUAAUUGCAGCCUCAGCUGCCACCAGGGAUGCAGCAGGACCUCUCCACUCCUGGGGCAGGAGAUGUACAGACACACUGUUUAUAUAGCAUUUAUUAAAAACAAACUUUAGUAACAAGUAAAAGGGAAUCUUUUAUUACCAGCCAGAGCCACAAUCCUAAACCAUUCCAGUGAUAAAAUAUGUCUCCCCUCAAAACUUACUUUGUUGAUCUAAGUUCUAAGUUUAAACAAUGGCUGUCUAGAGUUUUAAUAAUAUAUACAUAAGGUUAAAAUGUACAUGUUUUUAUUAUAUCCUUUAAUUAACAAUAUGUUCUAUAUGGAAGAAGUGAGUGUGGAGAACUCCCAGUUAAUGGGCAUGACUGGGACAUAGGAAAUCAGCUGGUCGGUUGUGUUGUUUUGUUUUUAUUUUCUUUUCCAGUAAAUUCAGAGUGAUUUGGAAUCAAAGCUCCAAGGGGCAAGUUUGGUCUCCAGUCUCUGCGAGAUUACAUUUCUGCACUUGCAGAGUAGAUUUGAAAUAACCAAGGGUUUUAUACUCAGCUCCUUUAAUCUGGCAUUCUGAGUGACCACUUGAAUGUUUACUUGUCUAAAUAUUUUUGGCUGCAGACAUAUUAGAAAACCCCAAGAAUUGGUCCCAAAGAAACCUAGACAUGCUAUUUAUAGAAUUUGAUGUGGAAUGGGAUUUUUAUGCAUCUUGCCCUAUCUUAUCUUUUUAUUUAACACUUUUUCUACCUACUUGUGUAUCUGUUGUUCAACAUGAAAUAAAUUUUUCAAAAUAAACUAAGUGUUCUAUGACCAAUGAUGAGUGAAGAUCAACUGACAAAUCUCACAUAAAGGGAAGUUCAGUUUUGACAAAAUCAUUGACAAAUUCAUAGAAGUUAUGGCUUAAAAAUUGUAAUUGUUCAUUAAUGUGGCAGACCAACAUCUAGGUAUAUGUUCCUCCCGUUUUUCAACAUAUGCAUUACUGUAAUUAAAGAGUAUUCAUACAUGACUUUUUCCUUUUUACUGUGAUUUUUUUAUUUAUUAUGAUAAUACAAAAUUCAAUAAAAGAACAUUUUUACAGCAUGUGUAAAAUGGCCCCUAUUAUUCUUUACUUCAUGACCAUUACUGAUUGUCACAUAGAGGAUCCAGGUGUGAAAUGCACAGGUAUGAUUCUGGGUUCGCAAGGUCCUUCAGUGAAAAA